ACCGUGUGGGACUUCUAGUUCAUCAGCGUGUGUUUACAAUUGUGUUGUUACUGUUAUCAUUUUUUUCGUAUAUUAGAUAAUAUAAUGUCAGGAAUACCUCCGGAUACAUGGCAACCUCCUACUGUUACACUGGACACAACGAUGGGGACGAUGGUGUUGGAGCUCUACUGGAGACAUGCACCCAAGACCUGCAAGAACUUUGCUGAACUGGCAAGAAGAGGAUACUACAAUAAUACAAAAUUUCAUCGAAUAAUCCAGAACUUCAUGGUGCAAGGCGGUGACCCUACUGGAACAGGUCGGGGUGGUGCCUCCAUAUUUGGGAAACAGUUUGAAGAUGAGCUCCACCCAGAGCUUAAAUUCACUGGUGCUGGUAUAAUAGCUAUGGCCAACGCGGGACCAGAUUCUAACGGAAGCCAGUUUUUCCUCACACUCAGGCCCACUCAGUGGUUGGAUGGAAAGCACAGCAUUUUUGGAAGAGUGCACCAAGGGAUGGGAGUGUUGAACCGGAUCGGGAUGGUUGAGACUCAAGGGCAAGAUCGACCCAUUGACGACGUCAAAAUAAUCUCAGCUUCUGUGGCCAAUUAAUUUUUUUUUUGUACACUUUUUUUUAAAAAAAUAAAUACAAAAGAAUCA